UGGGCACAUCCGAUCCACAAACCCUAUUUCUCGUUCUCCCAUCGCAAUACGAACUUUUGCUUUUUCAGCAUCACGAAGUUCAACUUUAUGUUGCCAUUCAAUUAUGAUUUUAUUAUUACCUUACCCCAAUUUUGAUCUCACAAGCUUAGAUCACUCACAACAACCUCAAUCGUUCAUGGCAUAUUAGCGUUCAUCAACAACACACAGGUGUGUGCAUAGGAUUGAAGUUUGCAAUGGAGGUUGAUUUGAAUGAAAAUUUAGAUGGAAUAGAAGAGCGACUGAGAAGACUAGAAGGUGCAGCUUUUAGGGCAAGGCAACGUCAGAGGCGACGACUGAGUCAUGCUCCGAUUCAGAUCGUUAACCACGCCGGAGAAGUGGUUACAGUGGCUCAUCUUCAAGAUGAAGAAGUGGUGCACGGUGGUGAUUUUGGAGGAGAAAUUACAGAAGAAACAAAGGGUAAAAGAAAGGCUAGUUAUUUGGUUGCUAAAGCAUUAGGGUUGAGAACCAAUGAAGGUGAGGGUUUUGCUGCAAAGUUGUUUCACUGUAAUGUGUGUUUGAAGAGGGCAAAGGAUCCUGUUUUGACUUGUUGUGGUCACUUGUUUUGUUGGGCUUGCUUUCACAAGUUGCCAUUGCCAUGUUCUUAUUCAAAGGCAAAGGAAUGUCCAGUUUGUGAAGGAGAGGUCACAGAUGAAAGUCUUACCACAAUAUAUGGCAAUUCAAAUGUUCAUAGUGAAGUUGAUGAUGAAGCAAGUAAUGAAAUUCCUCCCAGACCCUGUUCCAGGAGGGUUGAGAGCACUAGGCAGAUAUUCAGAAAUUGAGCAUUGUUGUGGGUUUAGUUAGAAAUUAGAAAUUAGAAAUCUCGAUCAAUAUAGAGUUUUUCAGUUCCAUGUAGGGUUUAAUCUUUGCAUUUUAAGGUUUAGGUGUGCUUGGAGAAUCAUUUUCACAUCCUUUGAUCGGUCAUUAGUAGUACAUUUUAUUUCAAAAUGAUUUGUAUGUUGUAGAUGUAAUGCAUUCCUAUUUU